CUGUUCUUUUUAACUCACAUUACGCUUUUAUUACAUCGCUCCAUCGGUGCCCUGUUCCCGGUUCAUCGACAGAUUGCCGGUUCCGAGUCAUGCGGUCAAAUCUGGGAGCAGUACGGCAUACAGCGGACAGAGAUCGCCUUGCGUACCGUGCGCGAACUGCAAGAUCAAUUACCAUUUCGACUCGGGAUUUCUGUACGGGAUUCAUGUUGGACGGAGCGGAUCGCCAUGGAGCAGACUAUCGCGUUUCUGCGCGAAGGUGUCGCUCAAUGCAGUUGCUGUCAGACGCCCGGAUGCAACAAGAAGAGUGUGCCGGUAGUCGCCAUUGUCGGUCCCGGCAAGAGUUCGGCCACCAUAGCGGUCCAGAAUCUGCUUCAGGUGUUUCGAAUUCCCCAGAUCGGUUAUUCAGCGACUACGCCGGAUCUCUCCGACAAGGAACAAUUCGGUUACUUCAUGCGUGUUGUGCCGUCCGAUGUGUGGCAAGCUCAGGCUAUCAAUCGGCUUCUCCAUCACUACAACUGGACAUACAUCGCCGUUCUUUAUUCCGCAGGCAAUUACGGUGAGAAAGGCUUUGAGGCUCUUGAACGGUUGCUAAGUCAGAAGAACUCAGCUGUUUGUGUAGCUUAUUCACAGAAAAUCAAAAGUUUGGCCGGAGAGGCGGAGUACAGAAAUGUAUUGAAGUCAUUGGCCAGUCAAAAGUCACGUCCACAAGUGGUUGUUUGUUUCUGUGAAGGUCUUACCGUCAGGAACUUUUUUCAAGCGCAAAAACAUCUGAUCAAACGCAAUAAGGGCUUCAAGCGUUUCCAAUGGAUUGGCUCCGACAGUUGGGCAGAUCGUAAUGACGUUGUGACUGGCCUCGAGGACGAAGCGGAAGGCAGUUUCAGCAUCAGAAUUCAUGCGCCUAAGGUACCCGGCUUCCGUGAGUAUUAUUCACGUCUGAACCCGGAGAAUAAUACUAUGAAUCCGUGGUUUCGCGAAUUCUGGCAACAAAAAUUCGGAUGCCAAUUUGCCGUCUCAAAAGAGGAUAAGAAUAACGAAAACAUCCGUAUCUGCACUGGUAACGAGGACCUCGACAAGGAAUAUAAGGAGGACCCUAAGCUCUCGCAAGUGAUCAACUCUAUAAGUGUGGUUGCGUUUGGCUUGAAAGCGAUGUAUCAGGAUCGAUGCCGGUAUGACAAUUCAACGCUGUGCACGGAGAUGUUGUCCAGAAACGGCACUCUGCUCUACCAAUAUCUGCUCAAUGUGACAUUUGAAGAUCAAUUCAAGCAGUCGAUUUAUUUCGACAGCAAUGGGGACCCGCCAGCAUGGUUGUAUGAUAUUCUUAACUACGUGGGUAAACGAUCACCGGAUGAGCCCUAUGCCGAAGUAGGCAGUUUUCAAUCGAACAAUAUCAAUGGAGUGGAGGAGUUAAACAUGACAGACACCCGCAAUAUCGUUUUCUUUGAUCGCAGCUCGGAUCUUCCAUCCAGUGUCUGCAGCAAACCGUGCGGUAUUGGGCAACGGCAGCGAGAAACGAUCGCAUGUUGCUGGAUUUGCGAAAACUGUAUGGAUCAUCAGAUCGUUAAUUAUACGACGAAUCAAUGCCAAAAUUGCAGUAUUGGCUAUUGGCCGGAUACUACCAGAAGUAGCUGUCAUGCGUUGCCACAUGAAACCAUCUCAUGGUCAUCGUUCGGCUCCAUUCUGGCCUUAAUUUUGGCUACUGUUGGGAUGAUCACCACUACGCUGACCACGGUCAUCUUUCUGCGACACAACGGGACACCGGUGGUGAAGAGUACAACUAGAGAACUCAGCUAUAUCAUACUCUCAGGUAUAAUGACGUGUUACGCUGUGACUUUUUCCAUUUUGGCCAAGCCAUCUUCAGUAUCAUGUUUUUUGACCAGAAUCAUUCCUCCUAUUGCCUUUUCUAUAGUUUAUUCUGCUUUAUUAACAAAAACAAAUCGAAUAGCCAGGAUUUUAGCCGGGAGCAAGAAGAGAAUCUUGACGAAAAAACCUCGCUUUCUUAGCACAUUUUCGCAGGUCGUCAUCACAUGGAUUCUCGUCGGUAUUCAAUGCGUAAUCGUAGCCGUUGGAGUGUUGCAGGAAUGGCCGUCUGCCGGUUUCUCCACGCAUUACUUGCCAUCUCGACUGGUUCUCGUCUGUACAACGUCUUCCGGAUCAUUUCUAACACCUUUCAUGUGGAAUCUGCUGCUGAUCUCGUUAUGUACAUUAUACGCUGUAAAAACCCGAAAUCUACCUGAAAAUUUCAAUGAAGCAAAGUUUAUAGGAUUCACUAUGUAUUGCACCCUAGUCGUUUGGAUCGCUUUCGUUGUACUGCAUAUGGGUACAGUGAACAAAGCGUUGACGAUGAGUUUCUCAUUUUCACUCUCAGCUUCAAUACCUCUGUUAUUGUUGUUCUUUCCUAAACUCUAUAUUAUUAUUCUGCAUCCCGAAAAGAAUGUCCGAGCUUCCUACACAACCACGAAGUUGAUACGGUGCCACUUUGGGAAUUCUCAAGGGACUUUCGACAGCAAGCAUUUAUCGAGUAAAACAACGCGAGCAUCGUUGCAGUCUGGGAGCUCCACAAAAUCGUCCAGUUUAGCAGGAGCUGGUGCAGGAAUCACUCGAACUGCUUCUGUUCAUGUACCGGCCGCCAUUAAACCAGGACCAGGUCUUAUUGACAGCUCAACUCAAACUGAAGCUACCGGCAAAUUCGCCAGGUCUUUCUCGAUAGUAGGCAAAAAGAAGCCGAUCGAUGAAGACGUCGCACAGUUGGUAGAGGCUUGCCGAAGAUAUCAAGACGAGAGGAUCACCGCGACGGCGACGAACUUGCUUCUUGAGGAGCAAGAAGACGAAGUCGGUUCGAUGCUGGCUGAUUCGAUCGGAAAUUCGGUACGGACGGUCCUGUCUACUGUAGCGGGAGGUGUACGGCCGGCGACAACUAAACCACCACCGCCGAAAAGGCAUACACUUUCGCCUUCUUUCGCAGAGGUCUUCCGUAGGUCAGCCAACCCUUCUUCGCUAUCUCGACUGUUACCAACACUCGAUCAAGCCCCACCAUUUUGCAAACACUNCAACUCUGACAACCAGGCUGCAUCUAUUAUGGUUAUAUUAUGCUCUUCUCUUGUCCUUGAUUGUGAUUGA